GUAUGGCUGUCCUUCGAGCCCCACCUCCUAGCGACUCGAUUGCGCCAAGACUUCUUAUCCCUGUUGGCAUUAUCCUGGGAAUCGGCCUCAUUAUCUACGUCGCCCGAAUGUACUCACGUAUACAAAUGAAUCGUAAACUCGACAGAGACGACUAUGCUAUUACCAUGGCAGAGAUUUGCUCCAUUGUCGGCUAACUACGCUAUUGUAGCAGUCUCGUGUAAAUAUGGGUUUGGUCGCCACACAAUCUACGUCUCUUCAAAAGACCGUUCCACGGCCUUAUUCUACUUCUUUUUGCAGACGAUUCUAUGGUAUUGGGGAAUGGCCGCCAUGAAAAUCUCUGUGGCGUUCCUUUUACUUCGCAUGCAAUACUCCACUACGUGGAAGCGCAUUCUUUGGACCAUGAUAUCAUUUCAAGUCUUGGUAGCCACCUUUGCGGCUAUAUGGGCGUUCACAUUCUGCAUCCCAACCCGCUCUCUAUGGGAAAGCGUCCCUACUGCCAAGUGCGGGUCAACGUAUGCAUCACACGUAUUUGGCUACGUAUACACAUCGAUUAGCAUGACAAGCGAUCUAUUCUUAUCCCUUAUGCCGCUCACAUUCAUUUGGCAUCUGCGCAGGCCCCGACUCGAAAAGGUCGUGGUUGGCAUGCUCAUGUGCCUUGGCCUCACUGCCACAACUGCUGCAACCAAAAGACUGGUGGACAUGGCUUACCAAAACUUUUCCGGCGAUGUGCUCCAUGAUUUGCCUAUCCCAAACAUGUGGUGUAUGCUCGAAGAAGUUAUUGGUGUCGCAGCCGUCUCGAUACCAUACCUCAAAGCUCCGAUGGAACGGACGCUGGAACGCCUGGGGCUCCUUCUUGUCUUGAAUAACCACCAAUCAUCUCUUAGUGAUGUGUCAUGUCCCCCGGAUUGCAUUGGUGGCGUUGAGGAAGCUUUAGUGUCUGGUGAUGCAGUGAGCAACGUUGGGUCUUCUAAGCAUGGGAAGGCGGAGUUUGAGUUGACUCAGACUCCUCAAGUGGCGAGCGGAUCUCAAUGA